AAACAGUGAAAGUUUAAGUUCAAUCAAUUUGGUCAUAUUUAUGUAUUUUAAUAAUAUACACCAAAGGCUCCUCCAACUAUUUUAAUGUUGUUCUAUGCCCUUUCACUUUGUCUUAUGAUAAAACUUUUAUCUGGUUCUUGUCUUCUUUUUCUCAUUCUCUUUCAAGUUGGUGUUUUGAAGCAGAUAGCAGAUAUAGCUGGCUGCAUCCCUCAAUUUAUGAGUUUGGUUUAAUUAAGUGAAACGAGAUUGAGAUUUGCUGAGUGAAGUUUUUAUGGAUCAUAUCUUAUCUAGAGAGAGUGAUUUUGAGGUUGAUCUUGAGAGCUGUAGUAGAACGAGUGGAGAAGUCAGAAGUACUAAUUCUCCUUUGGACGCCAAAGCAGGGGAUGUAAUUUUCACUAGUGUCUGUAAUGGUGAUGUAGAAGAACUUUCUAAAGCUGAAAAUGGAUCGAAUAUGAACAGCAAUAUAAAGGACGGCGAUGAGCUUACUCGGGGGAGUGUUAGAGUGUUUAUAGACAAGACAAGUUUAGUAGAGAAGAAAACAAGCAAAGAAAAACGUAAAUCCACGAGUGCUAAGAAGCCUCCCAAACCUCCUAGACCUCCCAGAGGAUUGUCAUUGGAUGCUGCUGACCAGAAAUUGAUUAAAGAGAUUGCGGAACUUGCUAACAUUAAACGUGCACGGAUUGAGCGGAUGAAGGCUUUGAAGGAACUGAAAGUGGCCAAAGCAUCGUCGACAUCAUUAGCGUUGAAUGGCAGUUCCAUUGCUUUGCUCUUUACUGUUUUCUUCUUUUUUGUGCUAUUGUUUAAAGGGAUUUCUUAUAAAAGUUCAGCUAUGAGCUUUCACGACUAUGUCCAAUCCGGCAGGGAAAGGGACAACAGGUUCUUGAUUGUACAGGACAACUCUAAUUUAUCCACCAGUACUGCCAUCCUCGCGGGAUUUGAUAAAGUGGAGCAGGCUUCUGGUUUAACUCAUGAGAAUAGUCUGGAAAGUGUGGCAAGCUGAAAUUUAGUGACAUGGUCGAACUACUCAAAUAUGAAUAUGGAUUGUCACUAUGCUUCUGGUAUGCGCUGCGCCUCUGCCUGCUGGAGUUCUAUGUAAGUCACUUGGCACAAGACUUGCCUAAUUUGUAAACCCUGUAUAGUGACUGAUACUGGUUGAUUGAGAUGAAUAACCACUGGCAUAGAAUUGUCAAUUCACUAGCUAGCGUGAAAUUGAAAAAUAGUUUUCUAAGCCUAAUUUCUGCUAGUGUUCUGAGUAGAAAAAUGUUAUGAUAGUUUUUGGACUAGUUAAAUAAUGUAUAGUACACUCAACAAGAACUCUGUAAUUUCCGACCUACCAUUUAAACUUAGUUUACUAACCGUAUCUUACCCGA